AUGGACUGCGUGUUUGACGGACCCGAUCGGGGAUUCUAUAUAAAGUCUGCCCGGGGUCGGGGCGGCCCGGUUCAGGAUAUCCAGGUCAAAAACAUUAAGAUGACAAACAUCAAAAAGGAGUUCAUAAUGAUGGACAUGACUUACCCCGAUAACUACCCGAAGGAAAUAAAGGCCGAAACCUUUAAGAAGACAACUCCGGUAUAUAAGGACAUCACAAUCGACGGCAUAACGGGUGACGCGAAAAACUCCAUCAGCAUAACCGGCCUCCCGGAGUCACACAUUGAAAAUGUCAAAUUCAUGAAUAUAGAGUACACGUCCCACCAUGAUGAUGGCGGUUUCUUGCAAAACUUUACCGAUAGUAUCACGAAAUCAAAUUUUACCUAUCAUUACAAAAAGGCCAUGCUCGUGUGA